GCCUGCAUGAUUAUACACUACCUACGUCUAUAUAGUAGAAAAUGAACGUCUUAGGAACAGUCAUACACGUGUGAAACUAGCCAUGGUAACAUCUCCAUGGAAAGACGAACAAAUAGUUACGUCUAGAAAUUGGUGAUGAUGCUCAGCUCGCAUGGCUUUUACACCUUAACAUUUGACAACCCCGUGCCAGAUAGCGACGCGUUAGAUUCCAAUUAUCCAUUCGAAGGAGACUCGCAAUAACUGUAUCUCAACGAAACGAAUUCGCUACCUAACAAUAACGCACCUUGGCAUGCAUAUCGGCGAAUCAGGGAGCCAUUACGUUGACAACUUUGUAAGACUAAUCCAAAAGCUGUAGCUCCGCUCCGUCUGUAAGAUAUUCACGUAGGUACCUAAUCUUGAUAACACUUCCACUCCACGCUGUCCGGUCGCCUAGGUAUGUCACCUAGUGUGCUGGUAAAGAAUGACUCCUCCGCCUCAUCUACAAAUAUUCAAACUCGCUCAUGUAACACCAAAGACACACUUACACACAUUUCAUCUCUUCAGUAUACUUCCUCCAGAGUUGCGUGUCAAGAUAUGGCGUCUUGCAUUGGAACGUCAACGCAUAAUAAGGUUGUGCAUACACGCCCGGUACCUGAUGGAUGCGCUUCUCGCCCGGCAAGGAGACUCCAGGCCCGGGACUCGGACGCAAGAGCGUGAUGGCGUCGUUGUCGAAGGGUACCAGACAUGUAGCAAGCUGUUCCGCGUCAGUCGAGAGUCACGAGACGUCGCUAUGGCAUUUUACCGUGUACACCUACCCUGCUGGCUGGUUAUGGACUUGAAAGGACAUGGUGUGAUGAAACCUGGCACUCUUUACUUCAACCCGGUGUACGAUUUUCUCAAUGUCGUCAACGGGACGGGCCAGAUUGUUGAUUUUCUUCACCGUCUCAAGACCAUCCACGAUCCCCGCCGCACAGGACUUUUAAAUCUUGCCGUGGAUGAGAACGCAUUGAAUGGAGGGGGAGGCCUCUGCCGCGUUGAUUUGUCGACGGUCGAAGAGCCUGUCAAGACGAGUGUCGUUGAGACCCUCGCGCAACUACGCACAGUAUUCUUUGUACAGGAGCAGACGACUGGUCGCCACGUGUUUGGAUACGGAAGCGGUGCACCAACUACCGAUAAUCUGUUGAACCGAUCGUUCCCUAUUGCAACCUCGACGCUUCACUUCGAUCGUUUGGGCCCUGACCCUCGGUCGAUCGGCGAGGACUUACGGAAAGUGUUUGUGAACUCUGAUCCCCGUAUCAUGAUUUCCGCCUGGAGACGGCUCCUGCGAGAUGCCUUGGGUGACCAGUGGAUGCCAAGAACCGAGCAAAAGGUUCUUCUGACCUUCAAGAGACCCGGGAGCAAGAUUUUUAAUCACAUGGAAGCGAAAGCGUGUUUGCAGGACGAGCAGGACGUGUGGGUGAAGGAAACCUGCAGCAACGGCCGGCCGAAGCUGGUGCCAAGCGAGGCCUCGAAACCACCUGUUGAAGCUGCCUUUGGCUUCUGGCUGUUCCCCACGAAUGCCUUUGGGGCCCUGCCCGAAGGCCCAGCGAACAGGUCUAGAGAUUCUGCGCCGCGCAUUAUGGAUCUAGGAGAGUACUGGCCCGAAUUGGUAUCAGGGGGUCUGCACUAGUCUUCUCCGUCGUCCCCGUUGGCGCCGGCGGUUUACCACAACGGCUCUAAAAUAGUGCGGUCUUACUGGCCCUCGGUUCGAGUAAUCUGAGGCGUACGUUGAAUUUGACGACUACCUAUACCUCGCGUACCUAGGGUAGCACUGUAGGUAGAAAAGCUCAGGCCAAUUCUAUUAGUCUUUCCAACUUAUAUUCCUCCUACUACACGCCCCGAUUCCACACACCCAAAUUCUACAUCGGCCACCACAAGAAGCUCAAUAAAGACUAGUGCAUCCAGCUGACGUAUGCCAUGAGGGAGAUGAAAUUUCAGGAACCAUAUGAUGGUAUACACGACGAGAUACAUGACUACUAGGUAUCUAGGUAGCAAUUAAGUGUAUCUCUCGACUGAUUACUACCUACCUAAGUAGGUAGGUAUCCAAGGACAUGGAAUUACUAUGCUAGCUAAUACUAUGGGUUGAGUUGAUUACCAACUUGUUAAGUAGGUGCAUAGGCUAAUAAGUAGAUAUGUUGUGAAUAUCAAUCAUAGUAUAUCCCCCGGCUGUGCCCAAAUGGGCUGGAUUGGGGAAAUACUAUGAGACAUCACACCGGUCU